CGUGCUCUGCCGCGUUUAAAUAGCGUAAUAGUCGCCGUAUUCGACGAUCAGUUAAGUUCGAAGGCGCGCGGCAUACCGGUUGCAGUUUUCACUUCGGUUUCGGAUCGUUCGUGUGGUUCUCGCUCGUCUGCUCGUCGAGGUAGAAAAGCAAUCCACUACAACGGCUACAGCGGUGCAACGCAUUCUGAAACUGUUGAUGCAACGCCAGCAGAAACUGCUGCGCCAAUUGUUCCAACUGACUGCCUUGGCAAGACGUUAAGCAUACGCACCGGUGUACAGGUGUACAAAACAAAACUCAAGCGCGAGUGUGCGACCAGUGAAAGGUGAAAGGUGAAAAGUGAGUGCCAAGUGGGGAUACAUCAAGGAGCGGGCCAUUAACAAGCUCCAUCCUGGGUAAUCUGUGGUUAAUCGUUAAAGAUUACCUCUUUGCCAAAAUGGGUCCUCCGAAUGUGACGGCCUCCGUGCACGGCAGCGAGCUGCCGCCGAAGACCACGGAACGAAGCGACGCCCCCCUCGAGCUGACGGGCUACCGGAAGUGGCUGAGCGACAAUCUGAUGCUGCUGGUGACGCUCUCGGGAGUCCUCCUGGGAGUCACACUGGGCCUCUCGCUGCGUCCGUUGCAUCUCCAUGGGGACUCCAUCAUGCUGAUCUCGUAUCCGGGAGAGCUGUUCAUGCGGGUGCUCAAGCUGAUGAUCCUGCCGCUGGUCAUCUCCAGCCUCAUUGCCGGCUCCGCGAGCCUCAAUGCCAAGAUGAACGGCAAGAUCGCCCUGCGGACGCUCGUCUACUUCGCCAGCACCUCGUUCUUCAAUGCCGCCCUGGGCAUUGCCCUCGUGCUGCUCAUUCAUCCCGGAAAUCCGGAUAUGCACAAUAACGACGACCGUUCGACGGACAAGCGGACCGUCAAUCUCCUGGACAGCCUCCUGGAUUUGGGCAGAAACGUAUUCCCGGACAACCUGUUCCAGGCGUCGAUCCAACAGGCCCACACCGUCUACCUGCCCAAGCCGAGCAUCCUGCACGCCUUCAACGAGACGAUGAACGAGACGGCUGUGCUGCUGUCCGGCGGACUGGAGGCGCAGCGCCAGGCCGACGAGCUGGACGAGGUUGUGCUCGUCCGGGAUGUGCAGUACCGGAGCGGCACGAAUACGCUGGGCAUCGUGUUCUUCUGCUUGGUGUUUGGAACCUUCCUGGGGACGAUCGGCCAGAAGGGGCAGGUCGUUGUGGACUUUUUCGCGGCCAUCUUCGAGGUGAUCAUGAAGAUGGUGACGUGCGUGAUGUGGCUGACGCCGGUGGGGAUCAGCUCGGUGAUCGCUGGGAAGAUCCUGAGCGUGGACGACCUGGGCCUGGUGAUGGCGCAGCUCAUCUGGUUCAUCUUCACGGUGGCCGUCGGCGUGUUCCUCUACCAGUUCGUGGUGAUGCAGGCCAUCUACUUCGUGUUCGUGCGCCGCAAUCCCUUCAAGUUCUACGCGGGCCUCAUCCAGGCCAUGCUCACCGCCUUUGCCACCGCCUCAACCGCUGCUGCCCUGCCCAUCACAUUCCGCUGCAUGAACGAGAAGCUGCGCGUGGACCCGCGGAUCACCCGCUUCGUCCUGCCCAUCGGAUGCAACAUCAACAUGGACGGAACCGCUCUCUACAUCGCGGUGGCCUCGAUUUUCAUCGCCCAGAUGAGCGGCAUGGUGCUGGGCUUCGGAGAGCUCCUCACAGUGCUGCUGACCUCCACGGCCGCGUCCAUGAGUUCCGCGAGUGUGCCGAGCGCUGCUCUGGUGCUCCUCCUGGUGGUGCUCACCGCCAUCGAUGCUCCUGUCCAGGAUGUGACCCUCCUCUUCGCCGUCGACUGGUUUGUCGACCGCAUUCGGACCACCAACAACAUGCUGGGGGACUGCUACACCGCCGCCAUCGUUGAGGAGCUGUCGCGCAAGGAGCUGAUGGCCCUGGAUGCCGCCGCCGUCAAUUAUCAGGACAUGCCCGCCGGCACUCCCAAUGGACACAGCGAGGUCAUGCUGGAGGGCCAGACCGAGCUGAUAACCGACUCCGUGGUGGUGGACAUGAGUGCCGUGAUGAACAACGUGAGCCUGCAGCAGGAGCAGCAGCACAGCAACCGCAGGGUCUAAGGAUACCCCAGAUGAUCGCCCCCGUUCGUCAGUCCCGUAGCAGCCACCAGCAACAGCACCACCAAUAGACCAAAUAGUGUUCCCCCGCAAAGCAAAAGCUGUUUUGAUAUCGAUCUGAACAACUAUCGACCGUGAGACUGUCGCAUGAGUGACGAACCCGGAACCCACCCGAUACCAGAAUUUAUUCCCCAUUUUUCCUUCUUUGGACUCGAAGAGAACUCUCGGCCGUCGAGGGGCUGCUCCUCCGAACACACAUAUAUAUCGAAUAUUCUCUCACCUAGUAGUCGUACCCGUAACCGUGCCCGUAAUCGGAUACGGGUGAUGCAGUAGCACAUACAUUCGGACUGGCAAAAGCGAAGGCUUCUCUAUGGGUGCUCUAAGUAUUCGUGAACUGAUUUCUGUGUUACGUUGUUUUGUUGCUUAUUUCUACGAUUAUAUAUUGUGUCGUGUGUGUCGUGUGUGUGUGUCUGGUGCAUGCACCACCGAAUGCGAAGGUUGUACUACAAGAAGCUGGAUCCUAGGUUUACUUCUAGUUUUAGUUUGCGGAUCUGCUGGUCCCUCACUUUUCACGUUUUUGGUUAUACCCAGAUUAUCGAUCACCGAUCACCGAUCACCAACUAGCGAUUACCGUUUACCGAUUAUCACACAUGCAUUCGUAGACUGAUAGCAGACUUAGUUCACUAGCGAUAGCGAUAACAAUUAAACAAUUAAAAUAUAUACACCCACACAUAUAUCCGCAUACGUAUACGCGUAGGCGACAAUUACUAACCAAUAUCCAACAUUCGAUUUGUACGCAAACGCCGAAUACAACAACAAUAAAUGUUAUUAUACCAUUA